CGAAUGCUGCCGUAGCAUCACGUAGCAUCACGUAGCAUCACGUAGCAUGCGUGAUGAUGCGUUUGUGUAGUGCGUAUGUACGAUAUAUAUGAGACACGUGUCCAUAUGAAUCGUGUGUGUCAUUACGUGUGUACAUACGCCUCCGUCAAACUGAUUUUGUCGAUCGAAUCUCGUGGAGGCACAGAAAACACUCGCGAUGCAACGAUCUUACCAUGAUUGUAUCUGCAUACGUAUGAUUAUCGCGACAUAGGUAACUGCGCAAAUAACUGACGCUACUUGGUGUUCUGCUUUCAAGCUACUUUGAAAAAUGAAGAGAUUGCCAACGUAUAUAUUCGUCGAUGUAAGAAUUGUGGAUCUUGGGGUGGCAAUUAUGUUGACAACGACAACGUCACAAGCUACGAGAAUCUAAUGCGUAACAAGUGUCGCUGGAUCGAACCCAACUUAUGUAUCGUACGGUCGACGCUACGUAGAGAUUCUUCACGAUGCGAAGGCGGAUGACAGUUUGGUCAAUGACACCUCUUAUUUUCAUGACGCUCGCACUCGUCAUUGGACAACAAGCAGUGGAUAAUUUCAACACCGAACUAGCCGAACAAGACGACACUCUCCUCUUGUUGUCUACGCUCGGAGGAUUACUCGUGGGUGUUGACAAGCGGUCUGGAAAGAUACGAUGGCAGCAAGACGAUGAACCCGUAGUCAAAGUGCCUGUUAAUCUAGCGGGAAGCAAGAUGCCCAUGUUUCUGCCGGAUCCCAGGGAUGGUUCGCUCUACCUCUUCGGCAGAGAAUCGGAGGCAUUGAAAAAGCUGCCGUUUACCAUUCCUCAGCUAGUCGCCAGCAGCCCGUGUAGAAGCAGCGAUGGUAUAUUGUACACCGGCAGAAAGAUCGACACCUGGUUUAGUAUCGAUCCGACGACUGGUGAGAGGGAGCAGCUUCUAAGUUUUUACAAAGUAAAGGAUACGUGUCCUUUGGAGAUGCAGAAUACUAUAUUCGUCGGUCGCACGGAAUACAAUAUUAUCAUGGUCGAUAGCAAACGCAAGGACAGAAAGUGGAACGUAACGUUCUACGAUUAUUCCGCUAUGCAAAUGAAACCUGAUGUCACAGACAAUUACGAUUUGGUACAUUUCACCACAAGUUCAACGGGUCGUGUAGUGACCGUGGACAGGAGAUUAGGUAGGAUUCUUUGGAAGUUGGAUUUGAAAAGUCCAGUGAUAGCCAUGUAUACCGUGACCAAAGAUGGCCUGCUGACAGUUCCUUUCAAGAGUAUUGCCGAUUCGUUGUUGGAAAAAUUUGCGACAAGGCCGACCGACAUUGAAUGGUUCCCGACUUUGUACAUUGGACAGCAUCGAUAUGGUCUCUAUGCGUUGCCAUCGCUCGUCGAUUCCGACACGACCAUUAUAUCGAGCAACAUAGGCCACUUGUUGCUGGAGGGGCCAUUGCUGACGUCGCAUCCUUAUAGGGACGAUAAGAAUGUACCAUUGCCAGGGGAUCAUGUUUUUAUUUCUAAUAUCGAUGUAACCGACGACGGUUAUCAAAGCAUCAGGCGUACUGAGAAUGCCAUCGUGCUAGGCCAUUACGAGGUACCCACGGAAUACAAGCCGCAAAGCCAGCUCCUCCAAAUAACCGGGCGAUCCGAUCCGAUAAUCUUGGAGACUGUCGCGUUGAAUGUCACUGGGACCAAGUUGUCUGUCGCCGUACAGUCGGACACGUCAAACGGUACUAUGCAAUUGGAAGAGAAUCGCAAUUGGCAGAGAAUUAUAUCGAAAACUUACAACGCGAGCAAAACGUGGCUCAAUAGACAGGAAAACGUAGAUGCAAAACUGAUCGUCAUUCCCAUUAUCUUGACAAUUGGCACGAUUGUAGCUUGGUAUCUGUAUAAGCAACGCAAGGACCAAUUCCAGUACAUGUCGCAGGCUUCACGCGAGAGCAGUCGUACGAAUUAUUCUGGUAAAUCGGGCAACAACUCUGUCGUUAUCCAGCAAGAGAUCGGGGAUGGCUUGGUCAUUAAAGUGGGAAAAGUUACUUUUGACACGAGACAGGUCCUUGGCAAAGGAUGCGACGGAACACUCGUGUACAAAGGUGAAUUUGACGGUCGCGCUAUAGCUGUGAAGCGGUUGUUGCCAGACUGCUUUACGUUAGCGGAUCGGGAGGUAGCCCUCUUGAGAGAAUCGGACGCACACGCCAACGUAGUCAGAUAUUUUUGUACCGAACAGGAUCGUAUGUUCAGAUACAUCGCCUUGGAACUAGCAGAGGCCACUUUGCAGGAUUACGUCACGGGAAAAUAUGACAGGGGAAAGAUAUCGGUGAAAAAUAUCUUGCAUCAGGCCACAUCCGGAUUAGCGCAUCUUCAUUUCCUGGAUAUCGUUCAUAGGGACAUUAAGCCUCACAACGUCUUGCUCUCUGUUCCUGGACCUCGCGGAGAGGUACGCGCCAUGAUAUCGGAUUUUGGAUUAUGUAAAAAACUUCAGCUCGGCCGCGUAUCAUUUUCACGGAGAUCCGGUAUCACUGGAACCGAUGGUUGGAUCGCGCCAGAGAUGCUGAAUGGAGAAAGGACGACAUGCGCGGUCGACAUUUUCUCGCUCGGCUGCGUCUUUUAUUACGUUCUUUCCAACGGCAAGCAUCCUUUCGGCGAUCCGCUACGAAGACAAGCGAAUAUUCUCUGUGGCGAGAGCAAUCUGACAUCGCUCGAGAAAGUACCUCCGAGUGACAGAGAAUUAGCGUUAUUACUUAUUAAGGCAAUGAUAUGCGGUAAUCCUGCUGCGAGGCCGCCAGCUUCGGCAAUCUGUAAUUAUCCAUUCUUUUGGAAUUUAGCAGAGAUUCUCGGUUUCUUUCAGGAUAUUAGCGAUCGUGUGGAAAAGGACCAGUCCAACAGUCCGGCUUUAAUAGCAUUGGAGACUUGCGGCGAGCGCGUGACAGGGGACGAUUGGAGAUUGUACAUAGAUCUCGAAGUUGCGACAGAUUUGCGCAAAUACAGAAGUUAUCGAGGCGAGAGCGUGAGAGAUCUACUCAGGGCUUUACGAAACAAGAAACACCAUUACAGAGAACUGAGCCCGAAAGCACAGGAGAGUCUCGGCGAGAUUCCUAACGAAUUUACUGAAUAUUGGCUGUCGAGAUUUCCAUGUUUAUUGUGUCACGUGUGGUGCGCGAUGCAGAACUUUCGAGAUGAGUCGAGCCUGAAGCAGUACUACCAUCCACACUACACCUUUGCGAGUGGCUACGAGGGACAACAAGCGAUCGUACGAACGAAUAACGCGCUGUCGACGUCGGCCAGGAUGGGACAAACGGACAGAGUCGAUUGGAGCCCCAAUCGAACGAAAAACCGCGUCCAGAGAAGGAAACAGGAAAAGAAAAAGCAGGAACAACCAGCAACGUGGUUACUGCAUCAGCUGAAUUGAACUAUCACGAGACUAUUACUAACUAAGCCAAGAUAAAAGUGCGACUAUAUGCGGGUUUUCGCGUGUAAAACUAAAAUUUCCAUUUUAGUUGGAAUUAUGGUUCCAUAAAACCAACACGAUAAGGAUUACAGUUACGCUUUUAAUUAAGAAAGCGAACUGAAAUCAUUAAAAAUUACAAACCUCCUUUUUAUACAGUAGCGUACUUGAGACAAUUUAUUCACGAAUAUUUUUUAUACUGGUUUCAAUUCGCGAUAGAAACAAAGAACGUAAUUUUUUCUUAGUGAUCGAUAUCUUUAUUUCAGAUAGUAUUUAAUGUAAAAUGUAUAAAAGCAGCAGAAGAAACGUCCGUCUUGUUCGCACGAUAUCGAGCAACGAGUGAGUAAUUUUUUUGGAAAGUAUACAAAAGGUCGCUCCUUUCAAUCGAUCGAAUAUAAUCCAAGUUCUGUUUCGUUACCAGAUUUUUUCGUGCUAAAGAACAAGAUUUCGGCCACUUUUGCAUCUUUCUCAUCAAGGUAUUUGUCCGCGCGACCAUCGUCACUCUGUGUGCCUGCGUACAAAGUAAUCGAUAUUUACAGUGACAUACCUGUCGAUGUACGGGCAGCAGAUCGCAGGUUUUCCCAGAGAAUUUUAAGGCUAUCGACGCCUCUGUGAAAGAUUUUUGGCGAUCUUGUGCCACGCUAUCUCCUUUAUUCGAGAGUCAAUGUUCGGGCCGCGAAGCGUCUUCUCUUACCUCAGGAGGACGAGCAGUUGUAUCUUUUCAUCAUGUGUAAAAUUUCUUCGGCGAGCUGACAUUAUCGCUAUCUCUGAAAAGAAAAACGUCACUUUGCGUUCAAUAAUAAUAAUAAAAAUAACGAUAUGCCGCGAGUAAUACGAUAAUUUAUCGAGAUUGGCGAUAUUUAAGUACCUUUGUUCGUGGAAAACUUUGUCGAUUCUUGGUAUCGCUUGUUUCGCCGAUUACCUUUGAGUGUUGACCAACCACUGUGACGAGUAUUACUCUGUUACUUGCUGUUUACUGGGAUGUCGUACGACCUCUGACUCGACACUUGUUUCGCUUACUUGUACAUUUCCUCCACUGUUGAAAUUUCUUUAUUAAUGAAUUGGUCUACGCGAUGACGUCUGUAUCGCUCUGUCUGCCUGCGUAUAAAGAAAGUAUAAUUUACUUUCGACGUAUAAUUUAAUCGAUAUUUACAGUUACAUACCUGUCGAGCUAUGGGCUACCCAUUCUAAAUUCUUGCACAAGUUUUCUAGACUUUCCACGCUUUCUCCUUUUUACGAGAAUCGACGUACGGGCCCAGGCGAAGCGUUUUCUCUCGCUUUAGGAGGAUGAGCAGUCUUAACUUUUCUUCGUGCGUAAAGUUUUGCUGACGAGGUGUAAACACUUUCUCUAUCUCUGUAAAGAAAAACGUCACGUUGCAUUAAAUAAUAAUAAAAAUAAUUAAUUAACAAUAUGCCGCGAGUAAUACGAUAAUUGAUCGAGAUUGGCGAUAUUUACAAUACCUUUGUUCGUCGAAGAACUGUCGAUUCUUGGUAUCUCUGUUUUCGACGAUCACCUUUCAAUGUUUACCAACGACUGUAACUAGUUGCGAUCGGCAAGUACUCUGCCCUGCUCGAGAAAGAGGAGGGACGGAGGCUGUCGUCGAGGAGGGCUUUCAAGUCAUUGCGAUUGGUCGACUACUAUUAUCUCUCCGCUUUACGUCGCUCGCGUGAGAUCUUUAUACAAAGAUACUCGAGAGGAAAUAUUUUUGGCUGUAUCACUACUAUAUCGAUUCCGCUUUUUACAUGGCUCGAUCGUUUUUUAAAAACUGAUGUUAAUGUCAACUACAUGUAUGCAACAGAUAUUAGAAACACACCCUUUUAAGGAUACUUGACACAUACCUAGCUGCAUACACUACGUACUUAGCUGAUCUAUACCUACAUAGGCCAGCAAUUCGUUUCAAUCGAUCGAAUAUAAUCCAAGUUCUGUCUCGUUGCCAGAUUUUUUGUGCUAAAGAACAAGACGACCGUUAAAAUAGCAUAAGUUUAUGGAGAUAGGUUGCACAUUUAUACACGAGAACCGAUGCCUAUAUCGAAGGGUGGAAAUACAUAUAGUCUAAUAUUCUUUUCGUCACACAAUGUGCUGGAUAAAAAAAGAUAUAGGCGAAAGAAGAAUAAGAAGAUAAUGUACUUUGUAAAAACAA